AUGGAUACAUCAAGUACAUAUGACGACGAAGGUACUCAUGACAACAAUGGCGAGCGUACAUUCAUACAAUCUACGGAAUUACCAAUACUGGACUCUUCUGCUCAACCUGUGGUUCUUAUUAGAGAUGUGGAUAUUGAACGCCCAACACCUGGAAGUCGCCAAAGGAAGAAUGAAUUUGAACCAUAUAUGAAUGGUGACAUUAGCAAUAUUUCUCAAUACACCAGUCAACAUAUCCAAUUCCCAAACACCUCAGCAACUAUGGUUCCAAAUGGCAAGUUGGAAAAGGACAAAGAAGGAAUGACAGAUGGCGAUGAUUUAUAUUCGUUAUGCAAUACUCAACCUCAGUGUUAUUCAAAUUUAUAUACUCCUACUUGGUUUGAUAUGGACAAAGUGAAUGAAAUGGAGAAGCUGGCACUUCCUGAAUUCUUUGAUGCUCAUGAAAAAGAAUACAUCCAAUAUCGAAAUUAUAUGGUGGAACAAUAUCGAUCAAACCCUUCCUAUUUUGUUACAAUCUCAGCUUGUAAGAAAGCCUUCCCAAAUGCCGAUACUGUGUCACUUGUUCGAUUACAUAGUUUUUUGGAGUUAUACAAAGUGAUCAACGUUCAGAAUGAUCCUCGCCUUCAUCUUUAUGAUCCAACCAUAGAUAGUGAACCAGAUGCAUACCCUGAAUUCAACUUACAUCGACACUUGGAACCUGUAAAAAAGGUGGACAUUCAUUAUUUACGCAAACUUAUAUAUGAUUCAGUCAAAUCUCGCAAAACCAGUAGUACAUGGAAUGUCAUGGCGGAAGAAGCAAACAAUUUGGAUGGUCGAAAGAUAUAUAGAUGUAAAAACUGUCUCGCGGAUUGUAGUGCCAUUCGAUAUCAAUGUAUCAAACGAUUGGAUCUUCAUUUAUGUAUUGAUUGUUUUGUCCAUGGAAGGUUUACAGCGGUAUACGCCAGCAGCGACUUUGUGCGAAUGGACGAAACCAAUGACAAUGAAGAUUGGACAGAUGAAGAAAUACUAUUGUUAUUGGAAGGAAUGGAUCAAUACGAUGAUGAUUGGCUUAUGGUAUCCGAGCAUGUUGGUAGUAGAUCCAAAGAACAAUGUAUCACUCAAUUUUUACAAAUGCCUAUCACCGACGACUUUCUUACAUCAAAAUUAUCUAGCAAGGAACAAGAUCAACUCCCGUUUGCGAAUACUGCUAACCCGGUGAUGACGAUGAUUGCUUACUUGGCUGCACAUGUGAAUCCUGGCGUUGGAUCGGCAGCAGCAAAAGCCGCCAUGAAGGAACUUUUACAAGCAAGCGCAACAUUGCAAGAAAAACAACAAAACAACACAGAUCAACAACAUGGAGAUGAAAAUCAGACAAUGGAUGUAGAUAUCGAUGUAGAUGAAGAUGAUGAUGAUAUGGAUGAAGAUUCAGAUACAACAUCAACACCUUUCUCCAAAAAAGUCCUUUUGUCAGCAACUUCAGCAGCAUUAGAAGCCGCCGCUAUUCAAGCUCGAAAACUUUCUAGUUAUGAAGAUCAAGAAAUUCAACAUUGGACAAGGUUAGCUGUGAAGACUGUAGUUGAUAAAUUAGCAUUGAAGAUACAACAAUACGAGGAUUUUGAUCAAGUGUUGGAAAAUGAUCUUCAAGAAAUGUCAAGUCAAUCCGCUGUGUUACAAACGACCUUGGAGAAUCUUCGAAAACAGCAUUAUCCUUUACCAUCAUCUGACAGUGACCCUUCCAUUCCAACAACCACAUCACUAGACGCUUCAUCCUCUGUCAAAUGA